UGUGAAGUGGAGAAGGUGGCGGUUUGCGGGCUUUUUUUUUGCGUUACGUCGAAGUUUUGUAAAAAGUUGUUCUCAAGCCAGUGACGGGUCCACCACUGCAAUGUCUGCGCAACACAGCUGCUCAUUAUUCGACAUAUUUUCAACCGGAUAAUCCAGAGUUUGCGUUUGGAUUACACUGCUCCUUCUGUGCUUUGUAGCUUCAAAACCGAUAAUACGGAUCUGUCAGGACCAGAUUCACUUUCUUUGAAGUGGAAGUGAUAUCUUGACUGGGUCGGUAUUUUGGGAGUAUUUUUGCUGCAGAAAAGACUGGAAGUGGAGGCUGAAGACGCACACGUGUUAUCCUACUUCCUCCGGUUGGGACGCUGUACUCUCUGGAUAAAAGUUGUGUUUUUCCUGUAAGAGGACUCAAGAGACGAAGAAGGGACAUGUCUCUAAGCAGAAGUAUUGAAUUUGAACACUUCGAGGAGCGAGAGAAACCUCACCGGACACCGAGGACCAACUCUGGCUCUGGGUCCCACUCUGGCAGCAGAGGCAACGGUCUGGUCCCUAGCCCUGCGCACAGUGCGCACUGUAGUUUUUACCGUACGCGCACUCUGCAGUCCCUCACCUCCGAGAAAAAAGCCAGAAAAGUGCGCUUUUACCGCAAUGGGGACAAAUAUUUUAAAGGUCUGGUGUAUGCAGUGUCCAACGACCGGUUCAGGUCUCUGGAUGCCCUGCUUAUGGAGCUGACACGAUCCCUGUCCGACAAUGUCAACCUUCCCCAGGGUGUCCGGGUGUUAUACACGCUGGAUGGAGCUAGGAAGAUCACCAGUCUGGAUGAGUUAGUAGAGGGUGAAAGUUAUGUGUGUGCCUCAAAUGAACCUUUCCGACGCGUGGACUACACCAAGAAUGUCCACCCUAACUGGGCAGUGGGCAGCAAGACCGGCACAUCCCGCUCCCUCUCCUCCCUCAUCCCACUGAAGAAUGAGCUGCAGCGUGAGUCCAAGGACUACAUCAAACCCAAACUCGUCACUGUCAUCCGCAGCGGCGUCAAACCUCGCAAGGCAGUCCGAAUACUUCUCAACAAGAAAACGGCGCACUCCUUCGAGCAGGUGCUCACUGACAUCACGGAUGCAAUCAAGUUGGACUCUGGAGCUGUGAGGAGACUGUAUACUUUGGAGGGCAAGCAGAUUACCUGCCUGCAGGACUUCUUUGGGAAUGAUGACGUCUUUAUAGCAUGUGGCCCAGAGAAGUACCGCUACGCCCAGGAUGACUUUGUGUUGGAUCAGAGCGGUAAGGCUUCCACAGCCUUUGUGACUGAAUGCAGAGUGUUGAAGUCGUCACAUAGCCGGUCUACCACUCCGAAUCGGACUGCUAAGAGCCCUUCAAGACGCAGCAAGUCCCCUGGUGCAGUAAGACACACAGUCCACUACACCACCAGCCAUUCUCCAAUCAGAUCCCCAGUUAAUGGUCAUAUGUCAGCUCCCAAGUCUACCAAGUCCUCAACCCCGUCUCCCACCAGCCCCAAAACCAUCCAAAGUUUUAAGAUCCCUCCUUCACAUCACAGCUCUUCACCAAAUGUAAACGGCUCGUUGAACAACCACCAGGAGCAAACAAAUCGACUAAGUCCAGAGGUAAAUGGCAACCUGCCUACCUCCACCAUUGCUGAAAAAUACAAGAUUGGCAAGGUCAUCGGGGAUGGGAACUUUGCUGUGGUCAAAGAGUGCGUGGAGAGGUCCACAGGAAAAGAAUUUGCGCUGAAAAUCAUCGACAAGGCCAAGUGCAGAGGAAAGGAGCACCUCAUAGAGAAUGAGGUCGCUGUGCUAAGGAGGGUCAAACAUCCCAACAUCAUAAUGCUGAUAGAGGAGGUGGACACUUCCUCUGAGCUCUACCUGGUGAUGGAGCUUGUCAAGGGAGGGGAUUUAUUCGACGCCAUCACCACCUCAGCAAGGUACACCGAGAGAGAUGCCACUAUCAUGGUGUACAAUCUGGCUGCAGCUCUGAAGUACCUGCACAGCAUGAACAUUGUCCACAGAGACAUUAAACCCGAGAACCUGCUGGUGUUCGAGUAUCCAGACGGCACCAAAUCACUGAAACUUGGAGACUUUGGUCUGGCUACAGUGGUGGAAGGGCCUUUGUAUACUGUGUGUGGCACUCCUACAUAUGUGGCUCCAGAAAUCAUCUCAGAAUCUGGGUAUGGUCUGAAGGUGGACGUCUGGGCUGCUGGUGUCAUCACCUACAUCCUCCUGUGUGGCUUCCCUCCAUUUAGAAGUGAGAGUAACCUGCAAGAAGAUCUAUUUGACCAGAUCCUUCUGGGACGGCUGGAGUUCCCCAGUCCCUACUGGGACAACAUCACUGACUCUGCUAAGGAGCUGAUUGGAAAGAUGCUGACAGUCAACGCUGAGGCCCGCUACACAGCACAGGACAUCCUCUCUCACCCUUGGGUCACGGAUGACGCUGUUAUUGACAACAACAUGAAGAUGGAUGUCACAGGUAAACUGAAGACACACUUUGACACUGCGCCAAAGCACAACAACACCACAGCUGGGGUGUCGGUCAUCAUGAACACAGCUCUAGAUAAGGAGACCCUCCAGCUCACCAACGGUCACCGUCAAGGACCCAAAAACAAGCCGUCAUCAGCCACCAAGAAAGUCCCCCCAGCCCCUUCAGCAAAGUCACCGACCAAACCAGCACCAUGCUCCAAAGAACCAAAACCUGCCAACAAGUCUGCUCCUCUAGACGCACCAGAGACUGUGAAGACAGCAGCGCCUCCAUCUGAUUCAGUUCAGCUCUCCCCUUCACCCUCUGCUGAGACUCCCCCCAUCACCUCCUUGUCUGUUUCCACUCCUCCUGAACUAAAAACAUCACCCUCCUCCACUCCAUACUUAUCACUUGGACCUCCUUCACCUUCAACUCCCACUACAACAGCCUCCAGUCCUCUUUCAUCAUCUCCUACUAAAGGAGCCCAAACCACCUCCUCUCCUAUAAAACCAGCUUCUCCCCCUAUAACGGAUGCAUCUCCUCUUGAUAACCAAGCCUCUCCUUCUCCCAGCUUCUCUCCCUUCAUGUCAGCUCCUAGCCCUCCCUCUUCUCCUCCAAAACAAGCUUCUCCCCCUCCCCCUCCCUCUCCUUCCAUGAAAGAAGCAUCUCCUUCUUUUGAUAACCAAGCCUCUCCUUCUCCUACCUUCUCUCCCUCCAAAUCAGCUCCUUCUCCAAAACAAGCUUCUCCCCCUCCCUCUCCUUCCAUCAAGGAAGAGGUAUCUCCUUCUCUUGACAACCAAGCCUCUCCUUCUCCUACCUUCUCUCCCUGCAAAUCAGCUCCUUCUCCUACAGAACAAGCAUCUUCUUCUCCCUCAAAAGCAUCUCCUCCCUCUUCUCCUUCAAAGUCAGCCUCUCCUCCUCCCCCCUCUCCUCCCAUGAAACAAGCAUCUCCUCCUCUCGACAUCCCAGUGUCUCCUUCUCCCACAAAAGCAUCUCCUCCCUCUUCUCCCACCAAACUAGAUUCUCUGUCUUCUUGUAAACCAGCUCCUCUCUCUCCCUCUUCUCUGAACCAGCCAGCUUCUCCUCCUCCAAAUCAAUCUUAUCUUCCUCCUCCAUCUCCCAUCAAAUCAACCUCUCCGUCUCCCCCACUUUCUCCCACCAAAUCGCCCUCCCCCACUCCCCCACUUUCUCCCUCAAAGUCAGCCUCUCCUCCAACUUCUCCAACCAAGCAAGCCCUAUCCUCUCCUAUCAAAGAGGAGACAUCCCCAUCCUCCUCUCCCACAAAACCAACCUCCCCCUCCCCGAUGUCUCCCUUCCAACCUCUUGUUUUCUUCCCCCUCUCCUCCCCAGUCAAACAGGAACCUUCCUCACCUUCCUCUAUCCAUCCAAUGCUGUUUCCUUCACCUCCGUCUACUCCUCCCAGAUCCACUACUCCUCCGUCUCCCAGUCAUCUCCCUGAUGAGGAGCUGAUGGAGCCGUUUUAGUUGUUUCUCUCACAAGUCAUCCCUCCCGGCUCUUCCCUUAACACGAGUAUCACAACACAGAAGAAGAGGAGGAUCCAUCUCCACCUGUUGCUGUAAACUGAGCCAGAGACGCUGCGUCCAUGUUUUCUCUCAUUCUCAUUCAACUGGUUUUCAGAGACGGAGGAUUCAAGAUAUUUUCUAAGAGUAUGUGGACUGUAUAUAUGUUUGUAUUUAUUAAUGGAGGAUGUGAGGAAAGGGAAUGAACUGAAAAUAUCAUAAUUAUGUCAUGUUAAUGUGAAUAAUUUCUUUAAUUUAUUAUCCCACUCUGCCUGUGGCUGUGAUUAGUUCAUCACUCAUCAUUGUGAACUCUUCCUGCUUUACUGCUGACAGUAAGUCCAUAAUACAAGUACUUCCUGCUGACCUAGUGACCUGCAGUGUUAACUAACUCUAACUACUACUAGUAUUUCUCUGACAACAGCCAAUCAUCAUGCAAAUGAACUAUUAAACUUAGCAUUCAUUUAAGGUGUUGGCAUGUAAACGGACAGUGGGUUGACAAAAUCAACCAAAGAAGGGAUUUAUGGCACAACUUUACUGACUUUAAGGUGCAUGGAGGAUGAAAAACACUUGUUGAGUUAACAACUUGUGACCUGUGACCUUCAUACAGUCACAUGACCCUGUUGACUAAAUUAACAUCUACUGUACUGUGGGCUUAUAACUAGUAAGUUAAUGCAGCUUUACCUUUAAAUUUUAUUUGGGCAUUGAAAUCUUUGCGUUAUUACACAAUGCAUGUAAUUAUGUAUGAUUUAUUACAUUCAAAGGUUUAAUAAUCAGACACAAACAGCUUUCUAGCCUGUGACCCCCAAACUAACAGUGCCAGAGACCGGGCAGGGACCCCAGAGUUCCAGUAGUGUUGGUUAGAGCACAUGAAGUUGUGUACAGCCAUGCAGAUUCAUGGAUAGUUGUUUGCAAACUAGCCUAUAAUUUAAGUAUUUUUGAAGGAUUACCUUUGUUUCAGAAUAAAUCUCAGCUAAUGACUAUUAUUUUAAAUUAUACCAAUAUUAUAUGGGGGGAGUGGGGUAAAAGGGGCCUAUCUUUUUAGGCUCUCUGAAAAUAAAGUGGUGUCUUACCUGAACUUGCCUGGCCAGGGGUAAACUGAGCCACUGAAGAAAAUAUGUCAGGGUAAAUUGUGCCGGUGGGUAAAGUUGAAGUAAAACAGAAAAUCCCCCCUCCAUGUAAUGCCAAAAUAAGACAAACUCAGAACCAAAUUACUCUUUUAAAAGUUUAUUUAAAGAUAAAAUGUACAACUUUAAAGAUCAGUUUACCUCAGUAGGACCCACAAAUGUCAAAUUUGGAACACAAUCAUGUUCCAAAUGAACACAUUUUUAAAACCUGGGCUACUAUUCAACAUAAAGGGUACAACUAUAAAAGCCAGUUGUCUUCAUUAAGUCCUUUUGGGGAAAAACAUCCUGUUUAAAUGCAACAAAACUUGCUGUCAUUUUCACAAAACAAAACUACUGCUUAACGUCAAUAAAAAUAAAGUUAACAACUCCAAAAUCAAGUUUUAACAGAAUAAAAUUGACUGCAAUUCUGCAGAACUGGGUUUAUAUAGAAUGCCUUACUUGUCAGUGCUGCACACAGGCGCAUUUGCAAAAAUCAAGGCAAACUCAAGACAGAAAAAAAGAGUCUAAAUCCACCGCAAUUCUCCCCACACAACAAAGAAAAUAUUCAACAAUGCAGGGGAGUAGAGGUGGUUGAGCCAGUUGCUCAAUUUUACCCUGGCCUUUUAGCUCAGUUAACCCCCCCCCCCCCCACCAUUUCAACUAAAGUAUGUCAUCCAGAAGUUUAGAGCUGACUAAUGCUAACAGUUUAACCUCAUAUUGUAGCUUACUACACAAUAAUUCUCAAUAAGUGUUCGGACACAACAUUCAUAAAAACAUACACAUGAAAAAUAGACUUUAACCAGCUAAAAGCAGUUUUGUUACCUAAAAUGUUCUUAGAUCUAAUUCCAUGUGCUCCUAUUUAAAAAUGUUUGGUCACAUGAUCAAUUUGGUUUAUGGUUUUCUAGAAUCAAAGGGUGGCUCAACUAACCAACAGACUCUUCUUUCCCCACUUUCCCUGCAGAUAUUUACAAUAUUAGGUCAAAUAAACUAUUUUAAAUCAUUUAAAAAUUGUUUUUCCUUUUUGACCCCCCAGGGUAUUCUGGCCACGUUAACUAUAGUAAACUAUAAACGAACUAAAUAACUACAAAUAGAAUGUAAAAAAUAAUUUUUGUUAACUGAAUUGAAAUAAAAACUAAGCUUUACAAAAACUAACUAAAACUGUAUCGUGUGCUUAAAAAAUAAAAUAAAAUGAGAGACAAAUUCUUAUUAGUUUUAGCCUCUGGGAGCAGCAGACUGGCAUGGAUAUCCAAAUGUGGGGAGGAUAAAAUAGCCUGAUUUGACUGAAAAAGAUGUCAUACAAUUUUAAUUUUAGGUCUGAAGUUGUAUUCAAGAAGAAUAACCUAAUCUUAUGUAUUAAGAAUUAGAUGAUGUUUAUUUUUUCAGGCUCCUUUGGGUCUCACCCCUGACAAGUUUCCCUUAUUACUGAAAAACUAAUUAAAAACCAAAGUAAAUCAAAGCAAAGUUUAAUAAAAAAAAACACUUAACAAAAAAACAAACCAGCAGUAAAGACUAACUGAAACUUAGAAGUGAUAAAAAUCUUAAUAUAAAAACAUAAUGAAGAAUCUAACACUAUUCUAACCUUGGUUCUAGCCCACUUCAGGAACCACUGCUCUAGGGAGUCCCUCUUACAAACAGACACGUCUCACUUUAUUAUGGCCAAAGAUAAAAAUUGAUCACUUUAAUGCUUUGAGAGGCCUGAAGACAUAAACGGUUAAUGGACUUGAGCUUUUCAAGCACUUUUCUAGUCUCUGACUACUCUGAAGUGCUUUUUACACUGAAGGUCACACUUAACCAUUCACACGGUCAUGGUGGAGGAGGCUACAGCAUGUGAAGAGCCAUCAGCUUUAACUAUUGACCCUCCCAUUUGAACCAGUCAGACCACACUGAUGCAGCAGGUCUAGUGUCAAGUCCAGAGACACUUCAAAUCUGACCACAGGAGCCGUGAUUGACCUUUUUAGCUGCCCCGAGAAAACUGUUCUGAGAAAAUAUGACCACUCCUGGGGGUCUUGACUUUUAGAAGAUGGGAUGGUUAACUGCACCAUUCUUAUUUAGUGAUGCCAAAAGCUUUGAAAACCACUAUAAUAAUACAGUAUAGAUGAAUGGAAUUGGGAUUAUGGCACCUACUACUGUGUGAUGAUUUAUGUUUUUCCAAUUAUUUGAUCAUGUAAAGGAUCCUAAGGAAUUUGUGCAGUCUACAUAAUCUCAGACACAAUGACACUGUUGCUGGGAAGAAGUGCUCUAAAUAAUUUGGAUGUUCUUCCUCUAUUAAUGCCCUAAAAACCAGGGUGUGCAGACACUGACAGAACAUGACUUCUGAGUGUUUCUGCCAUGGUAGAUUGUGCUCCCACUGACCCAAACAUGCCGACACCUCCAUCCUCUCAUCGUCUGUAUGUCUUGUUUGAUGUGAACUCUGCUGAUGUACAUAGUGUGAAGAACCUUAGCUGUCCACCUAAAACUUGAAGGUUUGUUUUUGCCUCUGUGUGUCUGAGCAGUCAGAGCUGCUGUAAGUAAAAAUAGAGAUCCAACAGACAUGAAACCAAACAGCAGUAGGUUUCUGUCAUUUAAAACUUCUUUAUGCUACUGCUUAGAAAGGACAAUGUAACCCCACUGGUGACCCCUGCAGUAUCCGUGAUUUGCAUGAAUUUAAUCGACACUGUUCCCUUAAAUAAGUCAGAAAUGUUUUUUGAUCUGUUGGAUUUUUAGGAAUGAAUGUGUUCAGGGUGGAAGUUUUGUGCCUGAUCACUAGCUAACAGCUUAAAGAUGCCUUUAUCCAAACUAACUUGGCCGAACAUGAAUUUUGUUCGAUAUUGUGCAUCCCUAAAUAAGUGAUGUAGUUUUUGUUAUUCUAACCCCAUCAUCAUUGACCCCAGGCUGGUGUUAGUGGGGCUAAUCCCUUCAGUUGCUGCCUCUUUAACCUCAUCAGGGCUUUGUAGCAGCAUGACGCUCCUUUUUCCUCCUCCUCCUUUAAGGUAAAACCCUCAAAAACACAAAGUCAAGUUGGUACAUAAGUCCUUUAGCUUCUUCUGAUGUACAUGUAGGUGAAGAAUUUAAGAUUUUCUUAAGCAGUUUGUAAAGGGAAAUUUGUAUGAAAAGACCGUUUUGAAGAGGUAUUUUGUCUGUGUCGAGCUGGAGUUCCUUAGGCAUAGAGCGGCUGCUUCCAUGUUCUACUGUUUUAAAACAGCAGUACUGCAAACAAUAAAA